UAGCGAUUUCUUAUUAAUAUAUCAGAUUAUUUAUAAUUAUUUCAAAAAUACGAUAUUAUUUGCAAUGUCUCGUAACAUAUUGAAAAGUAGUCUUGAAAAUGCAUCUUUCACAAUUAUUGUUCAGAUUGCUUUUCGAUGUCUCACUUUUGCCACAAAUGCUUUUAUAUUACGAUAUGUAGGAAGACAUAUCUUGGGAAUAAUGAAUGUAAGACUCUUGCUAUUAGAAAGUACAUUGCUUUUUCUAAGUCGAGAGCCAUUCUUAAGGUCUUGUAUAAGUAAUGUUAAUAACAGAAAAUGGCCACAGUUAAUUAAUCAAAUAUGGCUUACAGUACCUGUUUGUAUGGUUUUGAGCAUAUUUUUUCUGUAUAUAUGGGUUUAUAUUCUACCGCCUGUUGAAGAUGAAUUGGCAAGCCAAUAUGUUAUGGCAUGCUAUGCUAUUGUUAUUUCAUGUAUAAUUGAACUUUCAGCACAACCUUUGCUUUUAACAGGCCAAAUAUUUUGCUUUGUCAAACUUAAGAUUGUGUGUGAAAUCAUAAGUAUUGGGCUGAGAACAAUAAUAUUUAUUUGCAUUGUAUUACACAAUAAGAAAAAUGCUUUAUAUGCAUUCUCAAUUGCCCAAGUACUGUGUGCGGUAAUUUUAUUGCUUUGCUAUCUUUUGUAUUUUAAUUGGUACACAAAGAAAUUGAAACAAUAUCGAUUAAUUAAAAAGAAGAAUGAGUCACUAAAUAAUCCACAAUUAGAUAAAUAUUUUGAAAAUAUGGAUGAUUUUCCAUUUGCAUCUGUAGCUCAAUUUUUACCUGGCACUUUGGAUAAUGAGGGUUCAAUCUUCAAUAAGGAUUUAUUAAUUCUAACAGGAAGUUUUGCAAAACAAUGUAUAGUUAAACAAAUUCUUACAGAAGGUGAAAAAUAUGUGAUGUCUAUUAGCCCAGUUUUGUCUUUCAGUGAUCAAGCAACUUAUGAUAUUGUGAAUAAUUUAGGCAGUAUCACAGCAAGAUUUAUUUUCAAACCUAUAGAAGACAGUGGUUACUUUUAUUUCACUCAAAUGGUUAAUAGAGAUGACAAGUUGAGCAUGCAAGAUAAGAUAAAAGUUACAGAGUCGACAGAAGUACUUACCCAGUUGUGCAAAGUAGUAUCUUCCAUUGGUUUGCUGGUCUUGGUAUAUGGCCAGAGCUAUGCUGCUUCAUUAUUAUUAUUAUAUGGUGGUGCUGAUUUUGUUGAAGGCGGAUUACCAAUAUUACUGCUUCGAUGUCAUUGUUUAGCUAUCGUGUUGCUUGCAGUAAAUGGCGUUACUGAAUGUUAUAGUUUUGCAACAAUGACAUCCAAACAACUAGACAAAUAUAACUAUUACUUGCUGGGAUUUUCUGUAUCUUUUCUUACAAUGUCGUAUGUGUUUACAUAUUUAUUUGGUCCAGUUGGAUUUAUUCUUGCAAAUUGUCUCAAUAUGUUUGUACGAAUUUGCCAUAGCAUACACUUCAUUGCGGAUAGGUAUAAAGACGUAAAACAAAAUCCAUUAUACAGAAUAUUUCCUGGAGCAAAGUUUUUGACAUGCUUGAUAGUAUUCGGAGUUAUACUUAAAAUAUCAGAGGAAAAACUCAUUCCUGGGCAGUUGUUAUUUCAUAUUAUUAUAGGAAUGAUUUGUUUUGCUAUAAAUCUUUUAGUCUGGGGAUAUGAGAAUAAAAGUUUAAUACAUGCAGGAUAUGAA